AUGGCAAUUGACAUCUCUGCUUCAUAUAACCGGAAGAGCUCCAAGUUUGAAGCUGGUUUCCAUUGGGCAAAGCCUGAGACAGUGCAGAAAGUAUGUGAAAUUGUGAGGAAGCAAUUGGCUUUGCAUCCCGAGUCAGAUCUCACCUCUGCUUCCAAAUUUUCAGAUCUUGGUGCCGAUUCCCUUGACACAGUUGAAAUAGUAAUGGGGCUUGAGGAAGUGUUUGACAUUAGUGUGGAAGAGGAGAACUCUCAGAGCAUAACCACUGUUCAAGAAGCAGCUGACUUGAUAGAAAAACUUGUUCAAAAGAAAACUGAAGCUUAG